AUGCACAGCAACGAAGAUCAAUAUGUGAUUGAUUACUUCAACCAGCAUUACCAGAGAGACGAAGAAGGUCGUUUCAUCGUGAAAUUUCCAUUCCGAACACCAUUGUAUGCAGACGCUGUGCUAGGCAAGUCACGAGAAAAUGCAUUAAAACAAUUUCUGCAAUCGGAAAGGAAAUUUGCAUGCAAUCCAGAAUUCAAAAAAGAGUACGUCAAAAACAUCAAUGACUAUUUGAUUCAAGGUCAUAUGCACGAACUUUUUGAUUCGGAAUCAGACCGUAAAUACAUCACCAAAGACGGUCGUGUUGCUUAUGAUUGCUUUUAUCUGCCACAUCAUGCCGUUAUCAAGGAAAGCAGCACAUCUACACGUUUACGACCAGUCUAUAAUGCUGCCAAAAUAACAUCAAACGGCAAUUCAUUGAAUUCAAUUCUUUUCACCGGUCCUAUGCUGCUCAAUGAUUUGAUUUCCAUCUUGGAGAUUUCCAAUUGGAGAUUCCAUCGAAUUGCCUUCGUUGGUGAUAUUCAACAAAUGUAUCGCCAAAUUCGUGUCGCUGAAUCUGACGUAACUUAUCAACGCAUUUUAUGGAGAGACGAGCCAUUUAAAAGGUUUCGUGAAUACGGGAUUAAUCGAUUGGGAUUUGGCACAAAUUACGCACCCUGUGCAGCAAACCAGUGUGUCAACAAACUUGCUGAUCUAAAUAGUGAGGAAUUUCCAGAAGCUUCGGAGGUGAUGAAAAGAGAUAUUUACAUGGAUGACACCAUUACCGGUUCUCACAGCGUUAGUAAAGCGCUUCAAAUUCAACGAGAUUUGAUACAUGUUUUCAAUUCAGCUGGUUUUUGUAUCAAGGAAUGGGCAAGCAAUUCAGAGAAAAUUUUAGCAGCUGUUUCAGAAUCAGAUCGAGAAAUCAGCAUACCGUUUUUCAUCAAUCCAGACAGGGAGAUAAAAACGCUUGGUAUCUUUUGGAGUAUCUCAACGGACACAUUGAAUUUCAACAUUAACUACAAAGAGAGAGAGAUCAUAACAAAUCAGUUCGUGUUAUCUACUAUUGCUCGCAUUUAUGAUCCACUUGGUUUGGUUUCACCGCUCAUUGUGAAAGCCAAAAUUUUCAUGAAAUCAUUGUGGUUACUCAACCUUGAUUGGCACGACCCAUUGCCAAUGGAAAAAGUUAAGGAGUGGAAGCAGUUCAUCAGUAAGCUGCCCUCACUAUCAACAAUCAAAAUACCGCGUUGGAUUGGAACUUCGCCAAUUUGUUCGUCAUUACAAUUACACAGUUUUUCGGAUGCUUCAAUUGAUGCAUAUGGUGCUGAAAUUUACGUUCGCUACAUCGACGAAAAUGAGCAAAUUCAUUCGAGACUCAUUAUCGCAAAGUCAAAGGUUGCUCCGAUGAAAAUUCAGACCAUUCCACGUCUUGAAUUGUGUGCUGCUCUAUUGCUGUCAAAACUCAUCAAGUAUACAUUGAACUGCAUUCGUAUUCAGAAAUUCAACGCUUCGAAU